AUGCCAGACUAUUCUCACUUAUUGCCCGUUUCCACUCACUGGAAGCAGCAGAUUACAGAUUUCCUUUCAGAAGACAUCCCAUCGUUCGACUACGGUGGAUACGUCGUUGGAUCCGACGAAAAGAAUGCAUCGUUGUACAUGAAGGCCAGCGGAGUCAUUUGCGGAAUCCCUUUUCUUGAAGAGGUGUAUGGGCAAUGCAAAGUUAAAGUUGAAUGGUUGCGUGAGGAGGGUGAGUUUGUCUCACCUCUGGAGGAAGACCCAAUUAACAAGAAGAUUGUUGUUGCCAAGCUACUUGGGCCUUCGAAGAACAUUCUCCAAGCAGAGCGUGUUUCAUUGAACAUUCUCUCUCGACUCUCUGGCGUGGCCACACGUACCAGGGAGAUUGUUGAGCUUGCUGCAAAGGCAGAGUACAAGGGGAUAAUUGCCGGCACGAGAAAGACGACUCCUGGUUUGCGGAUCAUGGAGAAGUACGCCAUGCUAGUUGGUGGUGCAGACAUGCACCGGUUUGAUCUCUCUAGCAUGAUCAUGUUGAAGGACAACCACAUCUGGUCGACAGGCUCAAUUACGAAUGCGAUCAGAAAUGCGAAGAAAGUGGGUGGAUUUGCGAUUAAGGUUGAGAUCGAGGUGCAGAGCUACGAGGAGGCCGAGGAGGCAAUCAAUGCUGGAGGAGACAUCAUCAUGUUGGACAACUUCACUGGGGUGGAGUUGCAGAGUGUUGCGAGGGACUUGAAGAAGGAGCAUCUAGGCGAGAGACAAUUUUUGCUUGAGUGCAGCGGUGGGUUGACGAAGGAGAACUUGUCGGAGUACUUGUGCAACGACAUUGACAUCUACUCCACGAGCAGCAUCCACCAGGGUACGCCUGUUGUCGACUUCAGCUUAAAGAUCGACAAAUGA